AUGAGAGAGCCGGCGCUGGCGGCCAGCGCCAUGGCUUACCACCCGUUCCACGCGCCACGGCCGGCCGACUUCCCCAUGUCCGCCUUCCUGGCGGCGGCGCAGCCCUCCUUCUUCCCGGCUCUCGCGCUGCCGCCCGGCGCUCUGGCCAAGCCGCUGCCCGACCCGGGCUUGGCGGGGGCGGCGGCGGCGGCGGCGGCCGCGGCGGCGGCGGCCGAGGCGGGGCUGCACGUCUCGGCACUCGGCCCGCAUCCGCCCGCCGCUCAUCUGCGCUCGCUUAAGAGCCUGGAGCCCGAGGACGAGGUGGAGGACGACCCCAAGGUGACGCUGGAGGCCAAGGAGCUGUGGGACCAGUUCCACAAGCUGGGCACCGAGAUGGUCAUCACCAAGUCCGGGAGGAGGAUGUUUCCUCCCUUCAAGGUGCGAGUCAGCGGCCUGGACAAGAAGGCCAAAUACAUCCUGCUGAUGGACAUUGUGGCCGCUGAUGACUGCCGGUAUAAAUUCCAUAACUCACGCUGGAUGGUGGCAGGCAAGGCCGACCCCGAGAUGCCCAAGCGGAUGUACAUCCACCCGGACAGCCCGGCCACGGGGGAGCAGUGGAUGGCCAAGCCGGUGGCCUUCCACAAGCUGAAGCUGACCAACAACAUCUCGGACAAGCACGGCUUCACCAUCCUGAACUCCAUGCACAAGUACCAACCGCGCUUCCACAUCGUGCGAGCCAACGACAUCCUGAAGCUGCCCUACAGCACGUUCCGCACCUACGUGUUCCCCGAGACCGACUUCAUCGCGGUCACCGCCUACCAGAACGACAAGAUCACGCAGCUUAAGAUCGACAACAACCCGUUUGCCAAGGGCUUCCGGGACACCGGGAACGGCCGGCGGGAGAAAAGGAAGCAGCUGACGCUGCCGUCCUUGCGCCUGUACGAGGAGCACUGCAAGCCGGAGCGCGACGGCGCGGAGUCGGACGCCUCGUCCUGCGACCCUCCCCCUGCGCGGGAACCGCCACCCUCUCCGGGGACGGCGCCCAGUCCCCUGCGCCUGCACCGGACCAGAGCCGAGGAGAAGUCGUGCGCCGCGGACAGUGACCCGGAGCCCGAGCGGCUGGGCGAGGAGCGCGCGGGGCCGGCGCUUGGCCGCAGCCCCGCCCUGGACAGCAGCAGCCCCCCUCGCUUGACCGAACCCGAUCGCGCCAGGGAGCGGCGCAGCCCCGAGAGGGGCAAGGAGCCGGCCGAGAGCGGCGGGAACGGCCCGUUCGGCCUGAGGAGCCUAGAGAAGGAGCGCGCCGAAGCCCGGCGGAAGGACGAGGGGCGCAAGGAGGCGGGCGAGGGCAAGGAGCCCGGCCUGGCGCCGCUGGUGGUGCAGACGGACAGCGCGUCCCCGCUGGGCGCCGGACACCUGCCCGGCCUGGCCUUCUCCGGCCACCUGCACGGGCAGCAGUUCUUCGGUCCGCUGGGGGCCGGCCAGCCGCUCUUCUUGCACCCGGGACAGUUCGCCAUGGGGCCCGGAGCCUUCUCUGCCAUGGGCAUGGGCCACCUACUAGCCUCGGUGGCCGGCGGCGGCGGCGGUGGCGGAGGCGGCGGGCCAGGGACCGCCACCGGGCUGGACGCGGGCGGGCUGGGUCCCGCGGGGAGUGCGGCCAGCACCGCCGGGCCCUUCCCAUUCCACCUCUCCCAGCACAUGCUGGCAUCUCAGGGAAUCCCCAUGCCCACUUUCGGAGGCCUCUUCCCCUAUCCCUACACCUACAUGGCGGCCGCUGCGGCCGCGGCCUCGGCUCUGCCAGCCACCAGCGCUGCGGCCGCGGCCGCGGCUGCCGCCGGUUCCCUGUCCCGGAGCCCCUUUCUGGGCAGUGCCCGGCCCCGCCUGCGCUUCAGCCCCUACCAGAUCCCGGUCUCCAUCCCACCGAGCACUAGUCUCCUCACCACCGGGCUGGCGGCGGAGGGCUCCAAGGCUGCAGGCGGCGGCAAUAGCCGGGAGCCCAGCCCGUUGCCGGAGCUGGCCCUCCGCAAAGUGGGGGCCUCGGCCCGCGUGGCCCUGUCGCCCGGCGGUGCGGCCAAAGAGGCGGCCAGUGAACUGCAGAGCAUUCAGAGACUGUGGGUUCAGCUGGAGAUCGCGCAGGGAGUCGCACUGUGUCAGUCGCCGUUAGGCCUCGCUCCCAGUGGCCCGAGUCUGCCAGGACAGCUGCUGCCCCAGGAGGACGGCCUCUCCACCCCUCCUCACCCAGCCGACAGGCGUCUCCAGCCCCAAAUCCUAGCAGUGGAAGGGGUGGGAGAGCGGCAAGUCAUUCCCUCAGACCACCGCGGGGUCUGCCCAUUCCUCAGCAUCACCCCUUCCCAGCUGCUUCCUCUUUUUGAAGCGUGUGAGUGUCCAUGA